UGACUAGAAGCUCAUUAGAAUUACUCUUACUUGUCAUUAAAGAUUUUCAGAGUGUCGAUUUGCCGUUUGCGUUUGACCGCGACAUUCUCAUUUUCCCCACGGAAUAUUCGCGAUAUCAUUUAAGGGCCUGGAUUUCUGAUAAAUCAUCCGCUUGAUCCGUCGAUCUCCCUGUCAAAGCAACCAUCCAGCAGAACAGCUGUUUUAACCUCGUCACACUUUACGUACGGAAGGACCGAAGGGCUCUGGCGCUUUACGGGAAUAAAUAUAAACGUGAGCGAGAGAGAGAGAAGAGACUCUGACACUACAAUUUUGCGCUGUCAAAUGGCGCUGUCGUCGUCUCCUCGGAGAUUCGAAUCAAUCGCGAUUAUCUGUCACGAGAGAAUUUUUUUUCAUUAUAAUUAAAAAAAUAUAUAUAAAAUUUUUUUUCUUGCGUCAAUAAAGUGGUAUUAUCUAAUUUACGCUUUCUCGUGAAUAUACAUAUAUUUUGUGGUCGUAGAAGUGUGUGAAAACAAAAACUUUGACAGGUCUCUUCGUGGCUUCUUGGAAGGCCCCCCCGGCGAGCUCUUUACGAGCGAGCAAAAUUCGUUCUAUAGUUAGAUGUAAAUGUUCUCCCCGCCCUACAACCGCUUACAACGGCUUGUAUCCUUUUUCCACGGAAAUCGCGCAACGCGCCGAAAAUAAACGCGGAAUCGUCAGACCGCUUGAAUGCGGCUUGAAUGUUCAGGAAUUAUCGUGUCAUGUCGUCCCUCGUACAAAUAGACGGCAGUUUGGGCGAAGGGGGUGGGCAAGUAUUAAGGAUUGCUCUCUCUUUGAGUACACUCUAUGGCAUCCCUAUUGAAAUUGAGAAUAUACGUGCAGGAAGACCUAAGCCUGGUCUUGCAGCACAACAUUUGAAAGGUGUGGAACUCGCCAAAGAAAUGUGUAAUGCUCAAGUUAGAGGUGGAUAUAUAGGAUCCACACGCUUGGAAUUCCGUCCUGGCCCAUUAAAUACAAACAAGCGAGAGUUUGUAGCAGAUACACAAACCGCAGGAUGUAUUUGCUUAUUGGCCCAAGUAGCUUUACCAUGUGCACUCUUCUUUCCAUGCGAUCAAAUAGUCACACUUAUUCUCAAGGGUGGCACAAACGUUCCUAUGGGUCCACACAUUGAAUAUUUGACAGAAGUGUUCAAGCCAAUGCUGAAUAAAUUUGGAGCAGAUUUUGAUUUCAUUGUUGUGAGAAGGGGGUAUUAUCCAAAGGGAGGAGGCGAAGUGCAUUUACGCAUAAAACCAGUUGGUAGCUUAAAUGCGAUUACUUUACUCGAUCCAGGAAUCCCGCGAGGAAUAACAGGAUGGUCUUACGUAGCUGGAGCGGUUAAUAUAAACGAAGCACAUAAAAUGGCCAAUGAUGCUAAGACAGUUUUAACAAAUAAAUUGGUAAGAAGCAAUAUUCGAGUACCACCAAUCACGAUCGAAGCUUACAGGGAGGACAGAGCAAUGGCUGUGGGAAACGGUUCCGGUAUCAAUAUAGUUUGCAACACCAGUACUGGAUGCGUUCUCGGUGGUUCCGGCUUAGGCUCCGGACGUCAUGAGGCGUCGUCACCAGGUGAAACGGCAGCUAACGAAAUUUUAAAACCACUUCUAACAGGUGCAUGUGUCGACGAACAUACACAAGAUCAAAUGAUAAUUCUAAUGGCACUGGCAAAAGGUACUUCAAAGCUUAAAGUCGGAGAAAAGAAGCUCACUUGUCAUACAGAAACCGCUAUGCAGGUCGCAGAAAUGAUGCUAGGUAAACGCGGACUUGCUUUCAAUUUGUCGGAAAGCGCUGAAGGCGGAGACACUUUGUCCUAUGUUCUAGAGUGUCAGGGAUGUGGAUUAAUUAAUGAAAAUUUGGUUAAACAAUGACCAUACGAUGCUUUAUAAUUCACAUAUGUUUUGGAAUAACUGUUAUGUCGUACAAAUAAUUGGCUCUUGCAUUUGCUGUUACAGUAAGUAAAUUGCAACAUCGAUAUAUUAACAUACUUUCAUAAUUUUUCUAUAUAUAUAUAUAUAUAUACAUAAUAUUUCUAGAAUUUUGAACGAGAAGUCGUUUGAAUAAAUAUUACAUUUUAUUAACAAUUAUUGUUACAUAAUGUAGUGUACGCUAAAUCAUGAUUAUUCUAAUGUAUUGUAUUCUAAAAUUAAUGGAGUAGAGUAAGUCUCGCAUCUCUCAACGAGUAAAUAUUGAUUUGUUACAUAGAAAACACACUUAUUUGUUAUAUACACAUGCUAUUACAUAUACAGGAUAAUGUAACAUGUACUGAAAAUGCGCAUUUUAAUUUUAAAAUAAAUUACACACAUCAGUGUAAUGUAUUUACCACUUAGGAAAAUUAUAAGGCAACAAAAUUA